AAACCCUCAAUUUAAACCUUCAUCUUUUCCCUUCGCAUUUCCAAACACCCACAGAAGCCACAAGGCAACACCACCUUCUAAUAAAAACCUCCAACAAUGGCGUCUCAACUGUCUCUCUUCUCCUCCUCACUCCUCUCUCACCCCUUCAAAACAUCCAUACCCUUUUACAAACUCCCGUUCAAAGCCCCAAAACAGCUCGCUUUCAAUGCCUUACCUUCUUCCUCGUACUCUUCUUCGGAAGAACAAGCAAUGCUUGAAGCCGUGGCUCGGUCGCAGGGAAAUUCACUCCCCUGUGUUCGCACCUACGAAAACGACAUGGCUCGGCUCUCUCUCACCGGCUCCGUACCCUUCGAGCAAGCUCUAACUGCCGCCGCUUCCGACGGCGGAGAAACCGCCAACGAACAUGUUGAUGCUGGGUUAUCGACGAUGGUUGUGGAGGCACUUUACCCUGGUCCUGAUGAUGAGCAUAGCACUGUGUCGACUAGGCUGUUUCUCCCAGCUAAGAAGGUGAAAGAGAAAGCAAGGAAGCUAAGAAGUUCUCUUCCCAACGAUAUUCUCUCUAGUACAAAUUCCAGAAAUAUCCUGGCAAUGACAUUUAGACAAGUUGUAGUGCAGGAGCUCUGGAACUUCGAAUUGGCAAUAUUCCGACCUGGAUCACAAAGAAAUAUGGAGGAUCUUGGAAGCCCAAGAGAGGUUACUGCUUCUUUUGUACUCAGCUCGUCAGAUGAGAAGGUCAUUGCUGGACUUGCAGAAGCAGUUUGCAUUUUAGCUCUUGAAAGCACUCAAAAGGAUUUUCUUCAAGAAUCAGCAAGAAAAGCAUCAAAUGGUCUCUUCAAUUGGUUUUCAAAAAGUAAGAAGUUUUCAUCAAAAGAUUCUUCGGUGAUCAUACAUAUGUUUGAGGAUGCAAUAAUUGAAAAUGCCAAAAGCCUUUUGGAUAAGUUCAACUUGGUAAGAGCAAAAUACGACAUUAAAAACAAGAAACCAACAAAAUCGGCAUGGACGUCGUUGAUGUGUUCUAAAUUGGAGAAGAUUGGUGGAUCUGAGUUUAGUAUGUGGACAAUGGAAUAUGUACCUGCUUAUAGGCUUGAGAUUGAUGCUGAUAGAGUCACUAAUCUGAAAUUUGAAGGUUGGAAAAAGACAAUGGGAAAUAGUUGGGAAGUUUUCUUGACCCACUCAGAAAUGGUUGGAUUGGCUAACAUUCUAGAUUUAUAUUUUGAGGACUUCUGCACACUUCCCAGUAAACAGCAGCUAUCAUGUGAUGCAGUCAGAAUCCCGAAAAAGUUGUCAAAGAGUAAGAGAGGUUUUUCUUGGCUUGGUUUUCUGAGAAGCACUCUUGUCACCGCAACUUUACUGGUUUCUGUUGGUGUGCUGGUCAAACUAUUUAUGCCGCAUCUAAACAUUCCAAGAAGAUAUCCUAGAGAAAAAUAUGUGAUUUCCUCAGAGAAUGACUACGAACAAGUGCAACCUUUGAAUUUAGAGGCUUCUGAGCUGGAUGUUUAUUGCUCUGCAAUUGUUAAGAAGAUAAAGGAUUGUUAUGGUUGGAAUGGAGAUGUAAAAUUUGAACCCAGUGUUGGAGCGUGGAUUGGGGAAUUUCCCCUUUAUUUAAGGUACGGUUAUGAGGCAGAUCCAAACGGUCAAGAUAUUACAGGUAGCUCUGAAGUGUCUGCAACAAAUAAGGAAGAGCUGGAAACAUCUGUCCACGAAAUUGCUAGUUAUCAGGUUGUUUUAACGCCCGAGGGAAAAAUUGUUGGCUUCCAGCCAACGAGUCGUGUAGCAGUUAAUCACUGGUCAACCAAUCCCAUAUCCAAAGAGUUGUACGGUGGCAAGGAGCUCUCCCCUGGGCUUUUGGAACCUCGUCUGAAGAUCUAUAAACCCGAGAAAGUGAUUGUCCUUGAGUUGUUGAUGUCAUUGAAUCAAGAUAAUCAUUUCGCAUUAGCCAGACAAGCACGGUAGUGACUGUUGUUUCUCUAAGGUAAGUCCUGUCCCUAGUCUGAUUUGAUUACGAGAAGGUGUGAAGUUCAAUACUUCUACUAGACUUUAAAAUGGUGACAAUUGCCAUUUUUUACUGCAACAACAUUCCUGUUGUUCAUGUCGUAUCUGGAAUUGGAGUUGCGUUGUUAUCUUUGGUCGCUAGUGAUGGUUUCAGACAUUGUUAAAAGUGACCGAGUUUGAGCAAGAAUUCAGAAUUCUGUGAAUCUGUAGUAUACAGAGAUUGAAGUUUGAGUUGGUUAGUGAGUAUCGAAAGGAGAUCUUCCUGAUGUUGAUGCGACUUCCGUAGUGAUCAUCUUUUUCACUUCAUUUCUUGGUUUGGAAAUUGCUUCUUUGUCAGUCACUCAUCAAACGAAAGCUGAAAUUAGAUUUAGGCUGGAAAAGAUCCAAGUUGUUACAGAUGAUCGAGAAGAUACAAUUGACAAGUUGGAUCGAACGUGUAUUAGUAGCUUGGAUAUUAAGCAUUUUGAUUUUUGAGCACUUGUAUUAGGGGCAAUUGAUAACAUCAGCAUGUGGUUCAACCUUUGAUUUUUUUAGAGGAAUUAACAAUAAAGUGGUUCAACCUUUGAUUUU